GCACACAACUUUGAUCGCCUUUCCAGAUUUGAAUUCGGACCCGGGCGUAAAUAACUACAAGACUUACCUCCGCUGCGCUGCUAACUCUGCAUGCGUUAUGCCUGUCAAUUAAAGCUGUUCCUUCGCGGGGGAAAGCUGCGCUUGGUUUCGUGGUCUGCGAGGAUGGGGUCGACGGAGGAGUUGCCUGAACAGCCCGCCUCGUCGCCGUGUUGGAAGAAGAAGGCGCCCGACGCUGGUUUCUUGGCCAACGUCAAGGACCACCUCGAUCAAUUCGUCGGGACUUCCAUGGAUCAACACAGGAUCUGCCUCAAGAAGACCAUCAGAGGUGUGGGGGACUUCGUCAAGCUUAGGAAGCAAGGCAAGGUUUCUUCUUCCUCCUCCUCCUCGUCGUCGUCGUCGAAGGUUGUCACCGAGAGCAUUUCUGCUGCUGAGAACACAGAGACGACGGGAGAUUCGCCAUAGGACGAGAUCUGAAGCGUCCUUUCUAAACCAGACAAUAUACAGAUCUCAGUUUCGUUGGGCCGGCGAACGCAUUCUAGCAAAAUUGUGUGAUGAUCUAUUUCCUAUACUCUGCAUGUGUCUGGCGUCAUUAACUAGCAGAGAAAUAAAUGGUUGUCAUGUCCCAUUAGCUA